AUGAAAGCCCCCCUCUUGAUCGCCCUUGGCAUCGCGGGCGCUGCUUCCGCGUUUAAGGCUACAACCACGCGCUAUUACGACGGACAGGAGGGUGCUUGCGGAUGUGGCUCGAGCUCUGGAGGCGCGGCCUCUUGGCAGCUUGGUAUUGGCAACGGAGUCUAUACAGCUGCUGGAUCCCAGGCUUUCUUCGAUACGGCCGGCGCCUCAUGGUGUGGUGCGGGCUGCGGCAAAUGCUAUCAAUUGACCUCUACGGGAGAGGCGCCUUGCUCAACGUGUGGUAAAGGUGGCGUUGCUGGCCAGAGCAUCAUCGUGAUGGUCACAAACCUCUGUCCUAAUAAUGGAAACGCGCAGUGGUGCCCGACCGUCGGCGGUACAAACCAGUACGGUUACAGCUACCACUUCGAUAUUAUGGCACAGAACGAAAUCUUUGGAGAUAACGUGGUUGUUGAUUUCGAGCCUGUCGUCUGCCCAGGACAAGCUACUUCCGAUUGGGAAACCUGUCUCUGCAUCGAUAUGCAGGAGACGGAUACCACGCCUGUUGGUCUAGGCGACCCUGGCUCCGGUUCGCCGCCUCCUUCUAGCAGUUCGAGCCCGCCGCCAGCGACCUCAUCAUCACCACCAUCCGGCGGCGGGUCACAAGUUCUCUAUGGCCAAUGUGGGGGGGUUGGAUGGACUGGCCCCACGACUUGCCAACCUCCAGCUACCUGCAAGGCCCAGAAUCAGUGGUACUCUCAGUGCCUUGAUUAA